AUGAGUACAUACAGAUGAUCUUGGUGUUAAAAACAAGUAGAGCUUGAUCCUAAAGCUUGCAGGGAUGAGAUGCAUAUUUCCGGGAGAUGAAGGUUAAGCAUUGGCCAAACAGAGUCAGAAUUCCUGUAAAAGCUUGACAUAUUGUUGAGACCAAAUAGUUGAUUUCUUCAAUGUUGGAAAAAAGGAAAAGGAAAAGUCCCAUGUUUUCAACAUAUCUUGUCCAUACUUCUCCCCUUCUUUCUAUAUGGGUAGAUGGCAAUAACAACAAUUUUAGGAUUUCAUAAUAAACAGGUCAGGGACAGGAAUCAAGAAUUCGCCAUAGAUAUAUUAAUUAACCUAACUCAAUGUUGAAGCCAAAAGGCUAUGGCUUUCUCAACAAGCCACAACAUGAACAAUCGUGAUAAUUCCUUCAAGAUUCCAACUUUACAAGCACAUAUUUAGUCAAUUGAUGAGCAUCAACCACCUACGACCCAUCUCUGCAUCUACAUGAACUUCAGAAGACAGAAGGCCACAUAGAAUCCUACUAUUCAAGGAGCAACGUGAAUGCAAAGGCGCAUGAACUUUCAUGGCAAGACCAAUAACAGGAUGCUAAAAAGAAAAGCUCUCAUCAUAACAAAGCAAACCAUCACCUGGGGCAAAAAGGCAGCUUUCUCAACGAGCAACAACAUGAACCAUUCUCCUAUUCGUUCAAGAUUCCAACGUACCAGCUCCCAUGUCGUCAAAAUUGAGCAACAUAUGCAUCUACCACCUCCCAACCAGGUUGUCCACCAAAACUGAUCCUAUGAUUCAGGCAACAAAUGAGUCGCCCAUGAAGGCAGAGGCGCAUGAACCUUCAUGGGAAGACCAGUCAUAGGAUGCUCAAAAGACAAGCUCUCUGCAUGUAAUUCAUGGCCACUACACACUUUCCCAUCCCACUCACGAACACCUUCAUACUUCACAUCACCCUUUAUUGACAACCCGAUAAACUGGCAAUGCAAGCGAAUUUGAUGAGUCCUUCCACUCCUAGGAAACGCCCUAAUCAAAACCUCAUCCUGCAUUUCACCACCACCAUCAUUAUUACCACAUUUCACUGAUUUCUCCUUAACAACUAUAGUUUCCCCACAUUCUUCCUCUAAUGAUUCUCCUAAGCUUCUUCUCUUCCCAUUCACAGACAACACCUCGAAUGAAGUCUCCAUGUCCCUAACCGAAGACCCACCUGGCAAGAUUCGCCCCGCAUCUGAUACUGCAUAGACACGCCACGCCCCGAAUUUGGACCGACCGUGGCCUGAUUUAACUGUAAUCCUUUUCCAAUCUGGAGAUGGACCAACGCAUGAAGCAAUGUAAGUCUUCCUCACCUUGUGAUCAGUAAAUGCCUUGACUAGCUUAGCGGCUACCUUGUGCGACUUGGUGAUGAUCAUCACGCCGCUCGUGUCCCGAUCGAGCCGAUUCGCCAGGUGGAGCUCCGGGGAUCCCUUUGUAUUAUCUGCAACACAAACAUCUAGUUUUGGAGCGCGGAAUUCAAAUUCAUGGUAGUGUUAAGGGGGAAAAUUGUUCACAAUAACUAAACGACUGGGGCGGUUUUUGAGCGGGAAAGGAGAAGAGCUGGGACGGAUGUCAAGACGGCCUCGCAGUAAAUUCCUUGAGGUUUAUUGACGGCCAUCAGCCAUUGAUCUUCAAACAAGACUUCAGACGCUGACAAGGAGAAAAGGCUGGACCUUGAAGAGGCGGACAUGGCUCUGGCGAGCUCUAUCUCCUUGGAGAUGGCGGGAAGAGGUGGAGAUAAGGGUUUAGGGUAGUUUUGGAGGGAAAUAGAAGGGGAAAGCUCAGAAGGGUUGUUGGUGAAAGUUGACAUUUUAAUGGCGGGGAUUAGGUGAAGGGAGAAGGAGAAGAGGGGUUUCCUGGAGACGAGGAUGAAGGGUUUUGCGGGAAGAGAGAUGGAGUUCAUUAGUUAAGAGGUUUGAUUCUUAAGAAAGGGAGACAACGAUGAUACCUUCGAAUUUCUCUUCGAAGAAGACGGUGGCAGAGGCGAGGCGAGGGCGAGAGAAGAGAGGAGGAGGAUCAAGCAGAGCGAAUUAGGGUUCGCCAUGGCCGGAGCACGAAACGGAGGAGAAAAGAGAGUGCGAGAGUGGUGAAAGAGGUUUUAUAGCAGGGCUUUUGUUCAUUGGUUCUGACGGCGGCCGGGGACGCUGUCGUUUAUUGCUUCCUUUCCCCAUUAAAACCCUCGCGGCUUGUUCAACUCAACUCCCCUGUUAAACCCUGGAGAGGAAAACUCGUUAGUCGUUAGCUCAUUACUCCUUCGUCAAAUUGGAUCGGGGAAGAAAGGGGAAAGGUUUCAGCUUAAAUUCUCCGAUCAUCAAGCAGCUGAAGAAUCAGAACUUGAAAUCCCUUGGAAUUGGCGGCAGAACCUAGAAGUCGAGUUCGAGGUUCUGUUGGGAAUAGAGCAGAAAAGCCUCGAAUGCCUUCGAUCUCCGUCGAUUAGGAAACCAAGGGCCGAAAGAUGUCAGCUUUGGCGCUCAGAAGAUCUAGGAUCUGUUCCAAGAGUCUCCUCGCAGCUUCCUUUCUCUGCCCUCUUCAACCCGAGCCACAGAACGCACUCCUCCAUUCUUCAAAGCUUCACUCUUCACAAUCUGUAAGGAAGAAUCACCAGGUCCUGGCUUAUUCCGGCUUCUCUUCAAAUGGCGUCUUGAAUAGAGAGCUUCAGUUCCAGAGGAGGGUUCUUCGUAGUCUUAGUACACAUGCGGCAGCAGCUGCGGAGCUGUCUACUUCUGAUGGCUUGACUGUUGAUAGAAUUGUUGCUAGUAACUGGGCCAUUCUUGAUGAAAGUGAGAGUGAUUGGAAGAGCCAUGCUGCAUCUAUUGCCCAGUCCAUUCAAGUCAUCAAGAAGCGGUUGCAGUGGAAUAAGUUGAUGGUUAGAUUAGAUCUGCUAUCAGCACAGCUGAAUAAGCCAGACCUUUGGGAUGAUCCUGUACUUGCUGGAAAGUUAAGCCGCGAGCAUGGCUCAUUGAUGGGUAAGAUGAAAGAGGUGAAAACAUUGGAGCAAGAUUUGAUUGAGCACAUUGAUAUGAUAAAGUUGGCUCGUGAAGAAGCGGAGGACUCCGACUUGGAAUUGGUGGGAAACCUUGCUUCUUGUUGUUUAGGAAUCAUUGAAAGCCAUGCUUGAGAUGAGAAGAAAUUCCAAAGAGAAAGAGCUAGAAGCUUUGUUGUCCGCAGAGCAUGAUUCUUGCUCAUGUUACAUUGAGGUUCAAGCUGGAGCUGGUGGUACUGAGAGCAUGGACUGGGCGAAAAUGGUGAUGCAGAUGUAUAAACUAUGGGCUCAACGCCGAGGGUUUAGAGUGACAUUGGUCGACGAGAUGUCUGGUGAGAUGGCAGGAAUCAAGCGGGCAACCAUCAGACUAGAUGGUGAAUAUGCAUUUGGCUAUGCAAAAGCAGAAGUAGGAGUCCACAGGCUGGUGCGAAUCUCGCCUUUCGACAGCAGUAAAAGGCGGCACACGUCGUUUGCAGCAGUUGCUGUGAUCCCAAUUCUUGGUGAAGGGUUCACACAUGUUCAGAUCAACGAAUCCGACUUACGAAUCGAACGGUUUCGAUCUGGAGGAGCUGGUGGGCAAAGUGUUAACACGACUGACAGUGCUGUGAGGAUAGUUCAUAUUCCAACUGGAGUAACUGCCACAUGUCAGAACGAAAGAUCACAGCAUAUGAACAAGGCAUCAGCAAUGUCAGUGCUUCAGUCGCGGCUGGACCAGCUCGAGAUGGCGCGGCAGGCCCAGGUGAAUGCUCAGCACACUCAAUCAUUGACGGAAAUCAGCUGGGGCAAUCAAAUUCGCACUUACGUCCUUCAUCCAUACCGUAUGGUUAAGGAUCUUCGAACCGGCCACGAGGUUUCUAACCCUGAUUCAGUGCUUGAAGGAGAGCUAGACGGCUUCAUCUUGAGCUAUCUUUCAUCUUCAUUGGAUAAAGAUGAAGAAUACCAAUGAACCCUUUUGAAAGACAAGAGCAGUGAUAAGCUGGCAGGAGGGAGAUUGUCCCAAUGAUUUGGGAAGAUUCCAAGGAAGAGAGUAAUUUAUUGUUGUUGGAUAGGUGAUACUGUACUGAAAUAUUGAUCAUGUUGUGAACUCAACCUCUAUAAAUUAAUACAGUUGAGACCAUAAAGUUAUUAAUAAUUGAUAAAUUAAUAAUUUAUUUUAUAAUGUAAAUGAUUAACAUAAAUGACUUUAUAAUCCUAAAAUAAGAUUCAUGUUGUGUGUU